AUGGCACACGAUACUGCACACGUCGUCCUGGAGAAGCUCCUCCAAUCUCUCACUCUGGAGGAAAAGGUCUCUUUGGUAGCAGGCCAAAACAUGUGGCAGACUGCCGAAGUUGAACGGUUGGGCAUUCCGCCACUGCAAAUGACAGAUGGCCCAGCUGGCGCUCGAGGAACAAAAUGGACAGAUGGCUCUCCUACCACCUUGAUCCCGUGCGCUAUAUCUUUGGCCGCCACGUUUGAUCCGGUAAUGGUGAAAAGAGUCGGGACUGUUCUCGGCCAAGAAACGCGCCGCAAGGGCUGCCAUGUCCUUUUGGCACCCACGAUGAACUUCUCGCGCUCCCCGUUGGGAGGUCGGAAUUUCGAAGGCUAUGGUGAAGACCCUUUCUUGAUAGGGACUAUGGCCACUGAGAUGAUCCGUGGGAUUCAAAGUCAGAAUGUCGGCGCUUGUAUGAAGCAUUUCAUUCUGAACGAUACCGAGACGCGCCGUUUCAAUGUCGAUCAGACUAUUGAUGAACGAACCCUCAGGGAGGUUUACAUGAAACCUUUUGUUAUGGCACUCGAGUCGUCGCCAUGGACAGCUAUGGUUAGCUAUCCCAAAGUCAAUGGGAUUCACGCAGAUAUGAGUCCUUUUGUCCUCCAAAAGCUCUUGCGGGAGGAGUUGCAAUUUGACCGACUCGUCAUGAGUGAUUGGGGAGGCUGUAACAGUACCGUUCAGAGCUUGAUUGCCGGGACUGAUCUCGAGAUGCCCGGGCCACCUGUUCGACGCGGAGCAAGUCUACUUUCAGCUAUCCGCAAUGGGUUAGUGGACGAAAAAAAGCACUUGGAUGUGAGUGUACGAAGGGUUUUGCAUCUGCUCGAUAGAGCGGGACUCCUCCCAUCCCAGAAAAGCGAAGUGGUAUCAGAACAGCCUUCCUGCGAUGCAGUUUGUCACAAUACUGUUAAACAGGCCGCGGAGAGCGGACUGGUUCUGCUGAAGAACGAAGGUCUUCUUCCACUACAGCCAUCGUCGUUGCAAAAGCUCGCUAUCCUUGGACCUAAUGCGCGCAGCCCGACCGCAGGUGGCUCUGGAAGUGCAGCAGUAAAUCCUUUCUACAUCACUUCGCCAGAGAAAUGCCUGAAGGAUGCCAUACAAGAGGCCAAUCCAGACGUUCACGUUCACUUCGAGCAGGGCUUGCCCUUUACGUUGCGUCCAGCAUUACUUGGAGAAACACUUGCGCUACCCGACGGUUCCAAGCAGGGCCUUCAAGUGGAAUUCUUCUUAGGACACAAUUUCGAAGGGCCUGUUGUAGCGACAACCUUCUGGGCAAAUUCUUUCACCUAUAUGAUGAGCGAUGGAGAUGUGCCUCCGUCUCUCAAGGGAAAAGAGUAUUGUUACAGGGCAAGUGGUCUUGUCACUCCCACAGCCUCUAGUCAAUACACUUUCAGCCUGGCGAACACUGGCAAGGCAAAGCUUUUCCUAGACGAAAAGCUUGUUAUUGACAACACCAAUUGGACCAAGACUACUGGUGGCUUCCUCGGUUGUUCGAGUGAAGACCGUACCGCGACAGUCCAACUGGACUCCAACCGCUCCUAUGCCUUGAGAGUUGACAACAUCGUCACCCUUCCAUUUGUGGAAUCCUUUGACAACACUCUAUUCCCGGGUAUUUCCGGCCUUCGUAUCGGAAUGUCUCGUGAAGUCGAUGAGACGGAAAUGCUGAAUCGUGCUGUGCAAUCCGCACAGGAAUCAGACCUCGCAAUUUUGGUCGUCGGCCACAACAAGGACUCAGAGGGCGAAGGUGGUGACCGGCCAAGCAUGGAUCUACCCGGUCGAACCAACGAACUGGUCUCAGCUGUUUGUGCCGCGAACCCCAACACCGUGGUUGUUGUCCAGACUGGCAGCGCGGUAACUAUGCCGUGGGCAGACCAAGCACGCGCUAUCGUUCUAGGCUGGUACCAAGGACAGGAAAACGGGUCUGCGCUCACAAAUGUUUUGCUCGGGCAUUGCAACUUCUCCGGCAAGAUGCCAAUUACCUUCCCCAGGUCUUUAGCCGAUCAUGGAUCUAAUGACUGGUUCCCCGGGGAAGCGGCGCGUGAUCAUGCUGUCAUUGGCGAGCAGGUCCUGGUGGGAUAUCGGGCAUUUGAGGAGCGGAAUAUUGAGCCCCUCUGGCCCUUUGGCUUUGGAUUGUCUUAUACAUCCUUUGAAUUUUCAAAUGUCUACCUGCGCGGUACAUUGACCACGGACUCGAAAACUUAUAUUACAAUCAACGCCACUGUCGCCAAUACCGGCCAUCGCGAUGGUUCCGAAGUUGUGCAGGUUUAUGUUUCACCUUCGACUCGUAUCCGCGAAAGAGGGCUUGUCAGCUUCCCCAAGACCCUUGCCGGGUUCAGCAAGGUGAUGGUACCGGUAUCAGAGUCUCGGGAUGUCAGUAUCGAGAUUCAAAGUGAUGAAUUUCGCUGGUAUGAUGAAGAUAUUGGGGCAUGGAGGAUAGAUCCGGGCAGCUACCAGUGCUUCGUGGGCACAAGCGUGAAGGAUAUACAUUGUUGCCUUGCUGUUGAAAUUGCUUAA